CCAAGUUCCAAAGACACCGCUCUGGUUUGAAAUGACGACAGUGUCCACAGCUUUUUGAAGGAAGUCUGCUUUUACAUCUGUGUAUGAGAUCAACCGUGCCAGUAUCUCCUGAGAGACCCGAAAUGCAAACCCGGAGCUGUUUGUGACGAACCCGAUCUGCUAUGAGACCCCGUUGAUCUGCUGUUCUCUUCUGCCCUUCCUCCAUCCUCAUAUACGAUUUCGGAGCGUGAUUCAGCGGGGUAGCCUGUCUGUUCUAGUGUCGCCGGUGACUAUCAGAGUAUACAAGACGGAUAUUGGAUUGAUCAAAGGAGAUAUUCAGGCGGCUUGGUAGCCUAUCGGGGUCAAGAUGGCAAUGAACUUCGUGACCUUCAACCAAGACUACAGCUAUCUGGCUGUUGCGACCUCGAAGGGUUUUCGCAUAUUCACGACGGACCCUUUCGCGAAGAGUUAUGAGACGAAAGAGGGAAAUAUUGCCAUCAUCGAGAUGCUGUUCUCGACAUCUCUUGUUGCGCUGAUCCUCUCACCGCGUCGUCUUCAAAUCACUAAUACUAAGCGCCAAUCUACGAUAUGCGAAUUAACCUUCCCCACGACCGUGCUGGCAGUCAAAUUGAAUCGGAAACGACUCGUGAUUGUCCUUGAAGAUCAGAUCUAUCUUUACGACAUUCAGACGAUGAAGCUGCUCUACACCAUCCAGACGUCGCCCAACCCCAACGCGAUCUGCGCGCUAUCACCGUCGUCUGACAAUUGUUACCUCGCAUACCCUCUUCCACAAAAGGCACCGCCUUCUUCGUUCAAUCCGCCGUCUCAUACUCCCCCGGGAAAUACUCAUGUAUCGCCGACAAGCGGAGAGGUUCUGAUAUUCGAUACUUUAAAACUGGAGGCCAUAAAUGUCAUUGAAGCUCACCGAUCUCCGCUGGCUUGCAUCACGCUCAACAGUGAUGGCACGCUGCUGGCCACCGCUUCUGACAAGGGAACCAUAAUCCGCGUAUUCUCCGUUCCUGACGGCCACAAGCUAUACCAAUUCCGACGCGGUUCAAUGCCAUCGAGGAUUUUCAGCAUGUCAUUCAAUACCACAUCGACCCUGCUCUGCGUCUCCUCUUCUACAGAGACAAUACACCUUUUCAAGUUGAGCCAUCCAACAUCAUCUCCAGACGCCUCCCCUUCCUCUCCUGUGGGCCGUGACAGGUCCCUCAGUCGAAGCUCCUCCGGUUAUUCUCCUGACCGCGGCGACCUGACGGGAGACGUGGGCUCAUCAGAUUUCCCCGCCCGGAAACAUAAUGGAACACUGAUGGGUAUAAUCAGACGGACCUCGCAAAACGUUGGCAGUACUGUCGCUGCCAAAGUGGGGGGCUACCUUCCGAAAGGAGUCAGCGAAAUGUGGGAGCCGACCCGUGAUUUUGCUUGGUUCAAACUGCCAAAGCCAAACCAAACUCCUGGUGGCAGCGGGAACAAUGGCCCUCUCCGCAGCGUGGUUGCUAUGAGUAGCAACACACCCCAGGUCAUGGUGGUUACCAGCGAUGGUAACUUUUAUGUAUUCAGCAUCGAUCUCUCGAAAGGCGGCGAAGGUACGCUGACAAAACAGUACUCGGUGCUUGAGUCGAACGAUCGGUUGGGAUACUCUGCAACGGAUUACUGAAUCUGAUUCAUUUGAUACCACUCUUUUAGCGGCACUUCAUCUCCAUUUCUCCAUACAUUGGUUUUUAUACAUUGAUUUUCAAGCGGCGGCUGUCACUCUGUGCUCUUCUUUCUCUUUCUCUUUUUUUGGCGUCAGAUAUACCGAAAGGCUUGCGCCAAUAAAGGAACAAUCCUGGGUUAUGACACUUUGUAGCCCUUGGAUACUUACCGAUGAUUCAGUGUCUCCCACUACAUGAUAUAUUCGAAUUCAGGGCUCGCCACUUGCAACAAUCGAUAUGACUACGGUAGGUGACUCAUACACUCGCAAAAUAACGUCUGUGAGGUGGUUUCUUCAAUGUAGUUCAGUGUUAUACAUCCAACGAUGCCUAAACGGUCGACCAUCUGAGUACCUUGUAUAGAAGUCACAUGAC